AUGGCCACUCUUUCUGAGCAACCUGUGUUCAAAGAGUUGAACACUCUCCUUGUCAAACUUUCUGCCUCUGAUGAUAAUCCCAAGUAUCCUAACUUUGAAAAAUGUCAGGCUGCCAAUUGCAGGCUUGGCACCAAGGGGAAGGAAGAAGAAGCCAAGGACAUAUGGGAUGAACUGAUGAAAAAGGAGACACUUUCCAACGAUGCCAAGUUCUAUUCGACGGUCAAAGAAUUUCUCCCGUGGGUUCACUGCAAGAAGCACAACUCGGGUAGUUUCCUUGAAAAGUGCUUUGGUAACUGGGAAAGGUCCCGGACUAAGAACUCAGGUUACGCUUCAUCUGAAGUGUCACUACCUAGUACACCGACUCAGGAUCAAGUCUUCGAAUCGCCUUCUGUGGGAUACGGUACACCUCUCUCAAGUCCUCUUAUUGAAGACGGCACACCGACAACCUCGGGAAAAAGUCCGACUUCCAGCUUUGACAGUUUCAUCCUGAGCACCCCCAGCAGGAUGAACCAUCAAGGCCCUCUCCCAACGAUUGAAGAUAUGUCAACAUCUGACGAGAGCCCGAGAUAUACUCCCCCACUGGCACUCAGCAUUAAUUCGAUUCCUGACAGGGCCCUUGAUGUUGGCCAGCAAGAUAACAUUGUGGAAAACACCACCGAGGUGGAUGUCAUAUCCCCCACAGAAUCUCCAAAGUCGCUCCCUAUUCGUUCCAGGCAAGAUGCUGCCGCAGAACAAAUCGACAUGGUGGAAUCUAUCGUGGAUGAUACAGUCAUGGAGGACAAUGGCUCGGAUGAUGAGUCACGACUUGCCCAUCCUCAGUUUAGUGAACUUGGGUUAAAGAGAAACGGAACCUUGAGCGAUAAAGCCGCCAUCAUCAGGGAGUUAAGGAAGCCUCUGACUCAUGCACAGGCGGGAGAGGGCAAGGUGUAUGUCGUGAAGCACAAGGAAGAAAAGGACCUGUUCAAGAUUGGAUGGACCGCUACCACUGUCAACACAAGUCUAUCACGGCCCAACAACUGCUACGGCGCAUCAUGUGAGCCCAUGCCCAUCUAUGAGUCUCUCGAUUUGUUCAGCGGUGCUCCUAAAGCCCAUAGACUGGCGCACUUGUUUCUCAGGGACAUUAAUGUACGGGUCAAAAAGUGUAAAAAGUGCGGCAAAGGGCAUAAGGAUUGGUUCGAAGGGCGUGAAGAGGUCAUUGUAGGCACAGUCAGGGUCAUGGAGAACUUUUUACGGAGGCCAUUUUAUGAGUUGAAGGAGAAGGGAGAGCUCUCGGAUGAAGGGAAAGCCAUGGUGAAGAACAUGUGCAACGUCACCCUCGAGUCCUUUCAAAGGAACCAAGAGUCUUAUGGAAUCCCGGGCCAUAUCACUGGCGCCGAAUCUUUGACGAUUCCACAUACUGUGGUACCUGAAGCGACGGUUGAUGUACAAUCACAACAGGGUCUCGUUGACAAGUCGUCAAGCCAGCCAGAAGCACUCGCCGCAUCCACGGAUGCUCCUAAGGAACUGGAACCACCAUUGGAGGCGAACAAAGGCGGAUUCCGCAACAAAUUUAAAGAAUUGUAUGGUACCAUGAAGGACAAACUCUCCAAGGAUUCAGCCCGUGAUGACGACUUUCUCCUUGCACUUCUCGGGGCCCUCGACCGAGAUAGUGACAACACUGAGAGGCCUCGCGGAUGGAAUUCUUUGGGAGUUACGUGGACCAAGUUCACGACGAUCUUCACGAGGUCAGCUGAGCCAGAUGCUAAGAAAGCAAGUUGA